AUGCCUGCUCCAGAGCUGUGGAACUGCAUCCCAGAAGAAAUCCUCAUCCAGAUUUUCCACUAUCUUUCCCUGCGGGACAGAUAUACAGUCUUCUGUGUGUGCAGGCGGUGGGCUGCAGCUGUUUCUUCUAGUUCUGUCUGGCAUUUCACAGAGAUCAGCUGCGACUCAGAGGACGACGAAGCCGUGCUGCAGAGCCUCCUCCACUUCCUCAGCCAAAUCAGACGCCUGAGGAUUGCCUUUGACCAGUCCAAGGAGGUCAACCGGAGGAGCGUGAUGCGCCUCUUGGACGCCUUGGCCGAGCAGAAGCACAGAGUGGAGGAGCUGUGCCUGGUGUGCCAGGGGCAGAACCCCUACUUCUACUCUGGCCAGGACAUCCUGCGGAGCGUGCGCCAUCUGUGCGCCGCGCGAGCCCGAGGAGCCCUGCGGCGCCUCGAUCUCCGGAGGAUGCCCUUCACUCUCAGUGGUGAGCUGGUGGAACUCUUAGCUACCACCAACCCGCAGCUGCGGAGUUUGUUCAUCAACAACCACACCCUGGUGUGCAACGUGCCACCAGACGCCGUCAGGAAGGUUCUGAGAGCGUGCCCCAGGCUCUCGGCCUUGGGGGUUUACUACGCCAGUUUGUCCGAUGAGGUGUUCCAGGAGCUGCUGGAGCCUGGCAGAGCAGCCUUCACCCACCUGGAUGUCUUCUGUGAGCGCCUGGACAAAUACACCUCCAUCAUCUCAGAAGAGCUCUGGGCUGCUGUGAGUCAAAAGCAUCCUCAGCUCUGUGUAGACCUGGAGUUUGAUCAUACGGUGCCUGCCUGCAAGAUACCCCAGAUCCUGAAGCCAACCAUCCCUGUGAGCACGCUGCAGCUCAAUACCCACAAUUACAUGGUAAACCAGAUCGGCUUUGUCUCCUGCAACUACAGCAGCACUUUAAAGAAGCUGACUCUGCAAACCACCUCCUCAGAGAGCUUAAAUUCCUCACUAGUAGAUCUGGCCAGGCAGUGCAGGAAUCUGUUGGAGAUCCACUGCUACUGUGUGGUCAGCCAGGAGGUGGUGGAAGCGUUCCUCACGCACUGCCCCAGGCUCCAACAAUACACUCUGAAGGUCACCAAGGAACAGCACCCCUGGAAACCAGUAACAGUUCAGUGCCCAGCUCCUGCUGACCUCCUGGGGAAAUCAUAG